AUGGCCUCAAGUGCCCCGCCCUCUGGCGGCACGGCCCCCUCUCCCAUCGCCUCUGUGAAGGAAUGGUACCACAAUUGGUGCGCCUCCACACCCUUCAUCACACGCAGCACUCUUCAUCUCCUCCUUGCCCUCUAUGCACUCUCAUGGGUCGUGGAUCUGACGGCAUACCUGGCCAACAUCCCGUACAUGAGCAUCUACAAGCUGCAGCUCUGGCGGCCUUUCCUCUCUCCCUUUUACACCGAGGGCUUGCUCUCUGUGUUGUUUCUCUGCUUGUCCCUGGGAGGGAUGGCCACCACGCUCGAGCAGGCCAAGGGCAGUACCUCUUUCCUGUGUCUGAUGGCGGCCAUCUCCUUCCUCACAAACUUCCUCUUCCUCCUGAUCUGUCUCCUCCUCUCCGUGCUUCAGCCCUCAGCGCUUUACCUCUCGGCAGGAUCUUUCUGGAUCGUCGUUCUUGGCCUUCUGACAGUCGACUGCCUCGCCUCCAACCUCCCUACCCGGCAGCUCUUCGGCCUGCCCUGUCAGAUCCCCUCCCUCUACUUCCCCCUCCUCCUCUUCCUUCUGUUCUCCCUCUUCGCGGGCCCCCGCCUCGACCUGGGUCUCGCCGUGGGAGUAGGCUACCUGGUAGGAUGGGGCUACCUGGACGUGUUGCUUCCUCCCCUUGCCUGUCUGACCCGAUGGGAAGAGGGGCGAAUUGGCUCGUGGCUGGGGUCGAGGACGGGGUUUGUGUCUGCGGCAGCAGCGAGGGGGGCGGAGGCGUGGUUGCCAACAGUGGUGGGCGAG